GGUUAUGUGGGGUUAUAUAUUUGAUCCUUGUUUGCCCUGCAGGUCUAGUAGCUGCUUCCCCUUCCCCUGGCUUCUGUGGAUCAUUGAUUUGUUCUUGAGUCAUCUGAGCUCAACUUACUAUCAUGGGGGACGCAGAGAUGUCUGUGUUCGGGGCAGCAGCCUCGUACCUGAGGAAGUCAGACAAGGAGCGAAUGGAGGCGUCCACGCGUCCGUUUGACAUAAAGAAGGAAUGUUUUGUCCCAGACCCAGUGGAGGAGUUUGUGAAGGCAACUGUCACCAGCCGAGAUGGAGACAAGGUCACUGUGGAGACAGAGAGAGGAAAGACCGUGACCGUCAAGGACUCACAGAUUCUGCAACAGAAUCCUCCAAAGUUUGACAAGAUAGAGGACAUGGCUAUGCUGACCUUCCUCCAUGAGCCGGCCGUGCUGUUCAACCUCAAAGAGCGCUACGCAGCAUGGAUGAUCUACACCUACUCUGGGCUGUUCUGUGUGACUGUCAACCCCUACAAGUGGCUGCCAGUCUACAACCAGGAAGUAGUUGUUGCUUACAGAGGAAAGAAGAGGAGUGAAGCUCCUCCUCACAUCUUCUCCAUCUCUGACAACGCUUACCAGUACAUGCUGGCAGACCGUGAAAACCAGUCAAUUCUGAUCACCGGAGAAUCUGGAGCAGGAAAGACUGUUAAUACAAAACGAGUCAUCCAGUACUUUGCAAGUAUUGCAGCGGGAGGCAUCAAGAAAGAUUCCAGUGCCAAAGACAAGGGAACCCUGGAGGAUCAAAUCAUCCAGGCCAACCCUGCUCUGGAGGCCUUUGGUAAUGCCAAGACCAUCAGGAAUGACAACUCCUCCAGAUUUGGAAAAUUCAUCCGCAUUCAUUUUGAUGCCAGGGGAAAGUUAGCCUCUGCUGAUAUUGAAACAUACCUUCUGGAGAAGUCUCGAGUGAUCUUCCAGUUAAAGGCUGAGAGAGACUACCACAUUUUCUACCAGAUUUUGUCCAACAAGAAGCCUGAAAUCCUGGAGAUGCUGUUGAUCACAAAUAAUCCCUAUGACUACGCCUUCAUCUCUCAGGGGGAAACCCAAGUGGCUUCCAUUGAUGAUGCAGAGGAACUGAUGGCAACAGAUAAUGCCUUUGAUGUGCUGGGCUUCACUCAAGAGGAAAAAAACUCUGUGUACAAGCUGACUGGUGCAAUCAUGCAUCAUGGCAACAUGAAGUUUAAGCAGAAGCAGCGAGAGGAGCAGGCAGAGGCUGAUGGCACUGAAGAUGCUGACAAAGUAGCUUAUCUGAUGGGCCUCAACUCCGCCGACCUCAUCAAGGGUCUUUGUCACCCAAGAGUCAAAGUAGGAAAUGAAUGGGUGACCAAGGGACAAAAUGUCGCCCAGGUGAACUAUGCAGUUGGAGCUCUGUCUAAAGCUGUUUAUGAAAAAAUGUUCCUGUGGAUGGUAAUGAGAAUCAAUCAGUCUCUGGAGACCAGGCAGCCCCGCCAGUACUUUAUUGGUGUGCUGGACAUAGCUGGGUUUGAGAUUUUUGAUUUCAACACCUUUGAGCAGCUUUGCAUCAACUUUACCAAUGAAAAACUGCAACAGUUUUUCAACCACCACAUGUUUGUGCUGGAGCAAGAAGAGUAUAAGAAGGAGGGUAUUGAGUGGACCUUCAUUGAUUUUGGAAUGGACCUGCAGGCCUGUAUUGACCUCAUUGAAAAGCCUAUGGGCAUUAUGUCCAUCCUUGAAGAGGAAUGCAUGUUCCCCAAAGCCAGCGACACCACCUUUAAAGCGAAACUCUAUGACAACCAUCUGGGAAAAUCUGCCAACUUCCAGAAGCCCAGAAUUGUUAAAGGGAAACCAGAGGCUCACUUUGCCCUGAUGCACUAUGCUGGAACUGUUGAUUACAAUAUCAACAACUGGCUGGUGAAGAACAAGGAUCCUCUGAAUGAGACGGUUGUAGGACUCUACCAGAAGUCAACUCUGAAGUUGCUUGGUAUUCUCUUUGCAAACUAUGCUGGAGCUGAUUCAGCCAUGGCAGAAGGCACUGAAGGUAAAAAGGAGAAGAAGAAAAAGGGGUCCUCCUUCCAAACUGUUUCUGCUCUUCACAGGGAGAACCUGAACAAGCUGAUGACCAACUUGAGGUCCACUCACCCUCACUUUGUGCGAUGCAUCAUCCCCAAUGAGACCAAGACUCCUGGGGCCAUGGAGAACCCUCUGGUGAUGCACCAGCUGCGCUGUAACGGUGUGCUGGAAGGCAUCAGGAUCUGCAGGAAGGGUUUCCCCAACAGGAUCCUCUACGGAGACUUCAAGCAGAGAUAUCGCAUUUUAAAUCCUGCUGCCAUCCCUGAGGGUCAGUUCAUUGACAGCAGGAAGGGAGCUGAAAAACUGCUUGGAUCUCUGGAUAUUGAUCACAAUCAGUACAAGUUUGGACACACAAAGGUUUUUUUCAAGGCUGGGUUGCUGGGACUGCUGGAAGAGAUGCGAGAUGAGCGUCUCUCUAAGAUCAUCACUGCUAUUCAAGCCAGAUCUCGUGGUCUUUUGUCUCGUAUCGAGUAUCAGAAGAUGGUGGAACGCAGAGAUGCUUUAUUAGUGAUUCAGUGGAAUGUCCGCUCAUUCAUGGGGGUCAAGAAUUGGCCCUGGAUGAAGCUGUUCUUCAAGAUCAAACCUUUGCUAAGAUCUGCCGAGGCAGAGAAAGAGAUGGCCAAUUUGAAGGAAGAAUUCCUCAAGUUGAAGGAAUCGUUCGCAAAGUCGGAAGCUCGUAGAAAAGAACUAGAGGAGAAAAUGGUUUCGCUUCUUCAAGAGAAAAAUGACCUUCAGCUGCAAGUUCAAGCGGAACAAGAUAAUCUCUGUGAUGCUGAGGAAAGAUGCGAAGGGCUGAUCAAAAAUAAAAUCCAACUGGAGGGAAAAGUCAAAGAGCUGACAGAAAGACUGGAAGAUGAGGAGGAGAUGAACGCUGAACUGACGGCUAAGAAGAGAAAGCUGGAGGAUGAAUGUUCUGAGUUAAAGAAAGACAUUGAUGACCUAGAGUUAACUCUGGCCAAGGUGGAGAAGGAGAAACAUGCCACUGAGAACAAGGUGAAGAACCUCACUGAGGAGAUGGCAGCUUUGGAUGAAAUCAUUGCCAAGCUGACCAAAGAAAAGAAAGCCUUACAAGAAGCUCACCAGCAAACACUGGAUGACCUGCAGAGUGAAGAAGACAAAGUCAACAGUCUGACCAAGGCUAAAGCUAAGCUGGAGCAGCAAGUGGAUGAUCUCGAAGGAUCGCUUGAGCAAGAGAAGAAGAUUCGUAUGGACCUUGAAAGAGCUAAGAGAAAGCUGGAGGGAGACUUGAAGUUGACCCAGGAGACUGUAAUGGAUCUAGAAAAUGACAAGCAGCAGUUGGAAGAGUGCAUAAAAAAGAAAGACUUUGAGACAAGUCAGCUGAAUGGCAAAAUCGAAGAUAACCAGGCUAUAAUCAUUCAACUUCAGAAAAAGCUGAAAGAGCUGCAGGCACGUGUAGAAGAGCUGGAGGAAGAGCUUGAGGCAGAGCGAGCUGCCCGAGCCAAAGUAGAGAAGCAGAGAUCAGACUUGGCCAGAGAACUGGAGGAGAUCAGUGAGAGGCUGGAGGAGGCUGGUGGAGCAACAUCUGCUCAAAUUGAGAUGAACAAGAAGAGGGAGGCUGAGUUCCAGAAGCUCCGCAGAGACCUUGAAGAGGCCACUCUGCAGCAUGAAGCCAUGGCAGCUACACUCAGGAAGAAGCAAGCUGACAGCGUUGCUGACCUGGGAGAACAGAUUGACAACCUGCAGAGAGUCAAGCAGAAACUGGAGAAGGAGAAGAGUGAGCUCAGACUGGAGCUGGAUGACGUGGCUUCCAGUAUGGAGCAAAUAGUCAAGGCCAAGACUACAAUGGAGAAGACAUGCAGAACUUUGGAGGAUCAAAUGAAUGAAUACAGGAACAAGUGCGAUGAAUCCCAAAGAUCCCUCAAUGACUGCACCACCCAGAAAGCAAAGUUCCAAGCGGAGAAUGAUGAGCUGUCAAGACAGCUAGAAGAGAAAGAAUCUCUGAUUUCCCAACUGACCAGAGGGAAAAAUUCGUACAAUCAACAACUUGAAGACCUGAAAAGACAACUGGAGGAGGAGAUAAAGGCCAAGAAUGCAUUAGCUCAUGCAGUGCAGUCAGCUCGUCAUGACUGUGACCUGCUCAGGGAGCAGUAUGAGGAGGAGCAGGAGGCCAAGGCUGAACUGCAGCGCGGCAUGUCCAAGGCUAAUUCUGAGGUGGCUCAGUGGAGAACUAAGUAUGAAACUGAUGCCAUCCAGAGGACCGAGGAACUGGAGGAGGCCAAGAAGAAGCUGGCUCAGCGUCUGCAGGAGGCUGAGGAGGCUGUAGAAGCAGUGAAUGCUAAAUGUUCCUCUCUGGAGAAAACCAAACACAGACUGCAGAAUGAGAUUGAAGAUCUCAUGGUGGACGUGGAGAGGUCUAAUGCUGCUGCUGCUGCUCUGGAUAAGAAGCAAAGGAACUUUGACAAAGUCCUGUCUGAGUGGAAGCAGAAAUAUGAAGAGUGCCAGUGUGAGCUGGAGAGCUCCCAGAAGGAAGCCAGGUCUCUGAGCACUGAGCUCUUCAAACUCAAGAACUCCUAUGAAGAAUCUCUAGAUCAGUUAGAGACCCUGAAAAGAGAGAACAAAAAUCUACAAGAGGAAAUCUCCGAUCUCACUGAACAACUUGGGGAGGGAGGAAAAACUGUUCAUGAGUUGGAAAAAAUACGCAAGCAGCUGGAGCAAGAAAAGGGGGAGAUUCAGUCAGCUCUUGAGGAAGCGGAGGGUUCUCUUGAGCAUGAGGAGGGCAAGAUUCUAAGAACCCAGCUUGAGUUCAGCCAGAUCAAGGCAGACAUGGAACGUAAACUGUCCGAGAAAGACGAGGAGAUGGAGCAGAACAAGAGGAACCUGCAGAGGACAAUCGACACCCUGCACAGCUCUCUGGAAGCUGAGUGUCGCAGCAGGAAUGAGGCCAUGAGGCUGAAGAAGAAGAUGGAGGGAGACCUCAAUGAGAUGGAGAUCCAGCUCAGCCAGGCCAACAGGCAGGCGGCUGAGGCCCAGAAACAGCUAAAGGCUCUUCAUGCACAUCUGAAGGAUGCUCAGCUGCAGUUGGACGACUCUUUGCGAGCCAACGAUGAUCUGAAAGAAAACAUUGCUAUUGUUGAGAGACGCAACAACCUGCUACAGGCUGAAGUGGAGGAACUUCGAUCCGCUUUGGAGCAAAAUGAGAGAGGUCGCAAACUUGCUGAACAAGAGCUGCUGGAUGUCACUGAAAGAGUGCAGCUACUGCACUCACAGAACACUAGCCUGAUAAACCAGAAGAAGAAGCUGGAGGCUGAUACAUCCCAGCUUCAGACUGAAGUGGAGGAAGCGGUGCAGGAGUGCAGAAACGCAGAGGAAAAGGCCAAGAAGGCCAUCACUGAUGCAGCCAUGAUGGCAGAAGAGCUGAAGAAGGAGCAGGACACUAGUGCUCACUUGGAACGGAUGAAGAAGAACAUGGAGCAAACCAUCAAAGACCUGCAGCACCGCCUGGAUGAGGCUGAACAGAUCGCCAUGAAGGGAGGCAAGAAGCAGGUGCAGAAGCUGGAGGCCAGGGUGAGGGACCUGGAAAAUGAAGUUGAAAUGGAGCAGAAGAAAAGCAGUGAAUCUGUCAAGGGCAUCCGUAAAUAUGAGCGGCGUAUCAAGGAACUCACCUACCAGACAGAGGAAGACCGCAAGAAUAUCACCCGUCUCCAGGAUCUAGUGGAAAAACUGCAGCUGAAAGUUAAAGCCUACAAGAGAUCUGCUGAGGAAGCUGAGGAACAAGCCAAUGUUCAUCUAGGCAAGUUCCGUAAGCUGCAGCACGAGCUGGACGAGGCCGAGGAGCGGGCGGACAUCGCUGAGACGCAGGUCAACAAGCUGCGCGCCAAGAGUCGCGACGCGGGCUCCAAGAAAGGGUUUGAUGAAGAGUGACGCUUUGGAGCCAUCUCUUACCUACUGUGUGCAAUAGACCUCCACCACUAUCCCUAUUCCCUGUAGUGCUUAAUAAAAUAUCAUUGAGCUGUGACA